AUGGCGCCGCCGGCCAGCACCGACGAGCCCGCGCGCCACAAGAAGGCCAAGAAAUCCAAGCUCGACAACGAAGAGAAGAAGCACAAGAAGAGGGACAAGGCGCGCGCCGCCACAGAGGGCGCCCCGGUCCCCGACGCCGCCGAGCGCAAGAAGCGCAAGCACAAGGACGAGCGCGAGGAGAAGCGGGACGGCAAGAAGUCCAAGAAGGAGCGGAAGCCCGAGGGAAAGGGAGCGGAAGCCGAGGCCGCCGAUGGGAGGGACGAGAAGAUGAGGCGGGCGAUGGAGGACGAGCGGUUCGCGGCGGCGCGGACGGACCCGCGGUUCUGGCCGAUGCGGAGGAAGGAGGCCAAGGUGGCGCUGGACUCGAGGUUCAGCAGCAUGAUGACGGACCCGAGGUUCGCCUCGUCGGCCGCGCCCGUGGACAAGCGCGGGAGGCGCCGCAAGAAGCGCGAGAACCCUAUGCUGGAGUACUACCUCAACCAAGAGGACUUGGAGGAGGAAGGGAAAGGGAAAGGGAAAGGGAAAGGGAGGGGGAAGAAGGAGAAACCGGAGCUUGUUGAAGAGGAGGAGGAGGAAGAUGAAGAGGACGUAGAGGAGCAGGAGGAAGAGGAGAGCUCUAGCAGCGAUGACGACGAAGAUGAAGACUUGGAUGACGACGACGAGUGCUCUGUUGGCAGUGACAUUGCUCAUUACUUAAUGGGAAGGCAUGAUGAUACACCUAUGAUUGACAAGGAAACUCACAGGCUUGCUGUUGUUAAUAUGGACUGGGAUCAUAUUAAGGCAGUUGACCUGUAUAUGGUGAUGACUUCUUGCCUCCCAAAGGGUGGCCGAGUUUUGUCGGUCUCAAUCUAUCCAUCAGAAUUUGGACUGAAGUGCAUGGAAAUUGAGUCAACACAGGGCCCAGCUGCUCUGGUCAAUGCCAAUGUUGAUAAAAAAGACAGUGAUGAAGAUGAGGAUGCCAAGGAUGAUGAUGAAGAGAACACUGACGAUGAUGUUGUUGAUGAUGAUGAAGAAGAAGAAGAGGAAGUUGACUCCGACAAAGAGAACAACAAGCUGCGUGCUUAUGAGCUAAACAGACUCAGGUAUUACUAUGCAGUUGUGGUGUGUGAUUCCAGCGCAACAGCAAAUCACCUGUACAUGACUCUUGAUGGGACCGAGUUCUUGAAAACAGCAAAUGUGUUUGAUUUGCAGUUCAUUCCUGACUCUAGGGAGUUCAAACACCCUGCUCGAGACGUCGCUACAGAGGCACCUCCGAAUUACAAGGAACCUGAUUUCGAGACUCGUGCUUUGCAACAUAGCAGAGUUAAGCUCACCUGGGAUGAUGAUGAACCUGAACGUAAGAAAGUCUUGAGGCGAAAGUUCACUGAUGAUCAGCUAGAUGAGCUUGACAUGUAUUUAGCAAGUGAUGGCAGUGCGUCAGAUGAUGAAGGUGUAGACAAUUCUGAGGACGAAUCUCUACCAAAUGGGGGAUCCAAACGGAAGCUAACAAAAGAGGAGAGGUUGGCUCUUCUGCUGCAAGGUGACAAAUCUGAUGAGGAGCAAAGUGAUGGCCAGGAUAUGGAGAUUACAUUCAACACAGAGCUUGAGGAUCUUAGUAAACGUAUCCUAGAGAGAAAGAACAAUGAGGAGAAGACCGUCUGGGAGAAGCACCAAGAGAAAAUGAAAGAGAAAAGGAAGGCUAGGAAGAGGGGAGUAAAGGAUGAAGACGAUGAUGACGACUACAGCAGUGAAGAUGAGCGUGAGAAUGAUGAUGAUUUCUUUGCAGAUGAACAGUCUGAUGAAGAACCUAAGCCAAGCAAAAGCAAGAAACACAAGGCAAAGGCAAAGGACAAAGCAAAGAGGAAAGGAAAGGAUGAAACCACAGAGGAGCAUUUGGAACAAGAAGCAACCAAAGAAGAGUUGGAGCUCUUGGUUGCUGGUGAUCAGGACACCGCCAAUGGUGCAAAGGGUUAUAACCUGAAGCGUAAAAAGGGUAAAAAGGGCAAGAAGAGCAAAGAGGAAUCUGCUGAGGACAAACUUCCUGAUAUUGAUCUUAGCAAGGAUGAGAGGUUCUCACCAAUGUUUACGUCUCACUUGUUCGCAUUGGAUCCUACUGAUCCCCAGUACAAGAGGAGUGCGGCCUUCAUGCGAAAGCAAGCUGGGAAGCCAGGGCCACAUGGAGGCAAAUCAGGCAGGGAACCUCCUUUGGAGGGUUCGUCUCUGGGAGGUACAGUACCACCUGACGAUGCUGCUACUAACAAUGAUGAUCAGAAACCUGAUGGUUCAGCCACAGAGAAGCUGCAAAUUUUGUCUGCUGUCAAGUCUCUCAAGAGGAACCUUGGUGCUUUCAAAAACUCCAAUACAGCUGGAGCUGACCGAUAA